CGCGGACAUGCGGGUGAGCCACGCCUCAUCAGGGACAGAGCAGUAGGAGGAGGGCGGAGCCCCGAGGAGGCUGGCGGGCCCGGGAGUCUGGAGCUGAGCCCAGUGGCCGGAGAAAGGCGGGGCCUCAAGACCACGUGCCACUACCCAGGCAGGCCAAGUUCUAAUGGGUUUUGUCUGGUGGUCCCACUGCCUAGCCCUUCUUUAACUGGACACGAAUGCCCCAGGACCCUCAGGAGAACAGCCACAUCCAUCCCCGCCGCCGUGGCCGCCCCAAGAGCCACACAGACCAUCAGAUCCCAGAGGCCAUCCCAGCAGCAGCCAUGUACACCUUUCUGCCUGACAACUUUUCUCCUGCCAAGCCCAAGCCGUCCAAAGAGUUGAAGCCACUGCUGCUCUCCGCGCUGCUGGGGCUGCUGCUGGUGCUGUCGGCGGUGGUGGCCUGGUGCUACUACAGCGCCUCCCUGCGCAAGGCGGAGCGUCUGCGCGCGGAGCUGCUGGACCUCAACAGCGGCGGCUUCUCCAUCCGCAACCAGAAGGGCGAGCAGGUCUUCCGCCUGGCCUUCCGCUCGGGGGCGCUGGACCUCGACUCCUGCAGCCGCGAGGGCGCCCGGCUCCACUGCUCUCGCACGGCGGACGCGCGCCCCCUGCACUUCUUCAUCCAGACGGUGCGGCCCAAGGACACGGUCAUGUGCUACCGCGUGCGCUGGGAGGAGGAGAGCCCGGGGUGCACGGUGGAGCACGCCAUGUUCCUGGGCGACGCCGGCGCGCACUGGUACGGAGGCGCGGAGAUGAGGACGCAGCACUGGCCCAUCCGCCUGGACGGCCAGCAGGAGCCGCAGCCCUUCAUCACCAGCGACGUCUACUCCUCCGACUCCGCCUUUGGAGGCAUCCUGGAGCGCUACUGGCUGUCGUCGCGGGCCGCGGCCAUCAAGGUCAAUGACUCGGUGCCCUUCCACCUGGGCUGGAACGGCACGGAGCGCUCGCUGCGGCUGCAGGCGCGCUACCACCGCACGCCCUACAAGCCUCCCGCCGGCCGCUCGGCGGCGCCAGAGCUCAGCUACCGCGUGUGCGUCGGCUCGGACGUCACCUCCAUCCACAAGUACAUGGUCCGACGCUAUUUCAACAAGCCGUCCAGGGUGCCCGCCCCGGAGACCUUCCGGGACCCCAUCUGGUCCACGUGGGUGCUGUACGGGCGCGCCGUGGACCAGGACAAGGUGCUGCGUUUCGCCCAGCAGAUCCGCCAGCACCGCUUCAACAGCAGCCACCUGGAGAUCGACGACAUGUACACGGCCGCCUACGGCGACUUCGACUUCGACGAGGUCAAGUUUCCCAACGCCAGCAACAUGUUCGGCCGCCUGCGCGAAGCCGGCUUCAGCGUGACGCUCUGGGUGCACCCCUUCGUCAACUACAACUCCUCGCGCUUCGGGGAGGGCGUGGAGCGGGAGCUGUUCGUGCGGGAGCCCAGCGGGCGGCUGCCCGCGCUGGUGCGCUGGUGGAAUGGCAUCGGCGCCGUGCUCGACUUCACGCGCCCCGAGGCCCGCGACUGGUUCUCCGGGCACCUGCGGCAGCUGCGCUCCCGCUACGGCGUGGCCUCCUUCAAGUUCGACGCCGGCGAGGUCAGCUAUCUGCCCCGCGACUUCAGCACCUACCGGCCGCUGCCCGACCCCAGCGUGUGGAGCCGGCGCUACACCGAGAUGGCGCUGCCCUUCUUCUCCAUGGCCGAGGUCCGCGUGGGCUACCAGUCCCAGAACAUCUCCUGCUUCUUCCGCCUGAUCGACCGCGACUCGCUGUGGGGCUACGAUCUCGGCCUGCGCUCCGUCAUCCCGGCCGUGCUCACCAUCAGCAUGCUGGGCUACCCCUUCAUCCUGCCCGACGUGGUGGGGGGCAACGCGGUGGCCGAGCGCACGGCGGGCGGCGGCGCGGUGCCGGAGCGCGAGCUCUACGUGCGCUGGCUGGAGGUGGCCGCCUUCAUGCCGGCCAUGCAGUUCUCCGUGCCCCCCUGGCAGUACGACGCCGAGGUGGUGGCCAUCGCGCGCAAGUUCGCGGAGCUCAGGGCCUCGCUGGUGGCGCCGCUGCUGCUGGAGCUGGCUGGGGAGGUCACCGACACCGGCGACCCCAUCGUGCGCCCGCUCUGGUGGAUCGCGCCCGGGGACGAGACCGCGCACCGCACGGACUCGCAGUUCCUCAUCGGGGACACGCUGCUGGUGGCGCCCGUGCUGGAGCCCGGCAAGCAGGAACGUGAUGUCUACCUGCCCGCCGGCAAGUGGCGCAGCUAUAAGGGCGAGCUCUUUGACAAGACGCCAGUGCUGCUCACUGAUUACCCCGUGGACCUGGACGAGGUGGCCUACUUUAUCUGGGUAUCCUGACCCUGCCCGGGACCCAGGAACCCCACAGUGCUAACCUCAGCCCUUAUGCAGUCCAUCACUAGCACACUGUGUCUCCCCAGAAAGUACCCCCACCUCUACACCCACCCUCAAAGUGGGUGCUGGCUUAAGUGUGCUCUGUAGGGCCAGGGGUGGGGGUGGGAGGCGCUGGAGUGACUUUCCACUUUAAGUCACAAUCCUGGCAGCCCAGUGUUGGCUUCAUUCUCAUCUUAGGGGUGAUGGAGAGAAAGAGAGCACUCAAGGUGGGAAUGGUUAGCUCUCUGCCGGAUACUGGCUGUUAAGCUUUUAAAAGCACACAGGGAGAAACCUUUGUGGUGGCUUGCAUGGUCCUUCUGAGGUGAGACAGUCCUUUUACUGUUCCCCUAAUAGCUUCCUGACACUUAGAAAAGGAAUAUUCUUGGUGUUGAAAGCCAAAGCCAGGAUUCCCAGUACUGGCCUAAACUGUACCUGACUUGGUCCCACCUCAUCUGGCAAGAAGUGCUUGGCUAACUGACAAGGAGGCAGGAAGGUCCCUCUUAGAGAAUAGAAGACUGGGCUUAGCAUGGAACCAUCAUCAUUGUCCCUCAUUUGUGAAGAAAUUUUUUUUGUUUUUUUGCCUCCAGGGCUAUUGCUGGAGCUGGGUGCCAGUGCCUGCACUAUGAAUACACUGCUCCUGGAGGCCAUUUUCCCCAUUUUUGUUGCCAUUGUUGUCAUUGCAGUUUGAUAGGAUAGAGAGAAAUGGAGAGAGGAGGGGAAGACAGAGAGGGAGAAAGAAAGAUAGACAUCUGCAGACCUGUUUAACUGCUUGCGAAGGACCCCUCUGCAGGUGGGGAGGGGGGGGUGCGGGGGACGACUCUAACUGGGAUCCUUACUCCAGUCUUUGCACUUUACCCCAUGUGCACUUAACCCGUUGCACUACUGCCUGGCCCCCUGUGAAGAGUCUUCUAACACUGCACUGACUCAUCUGUAUAUAUGCAUGGACUCCACCUUGUCCCAGGGCCAUAGCCUAGUGGGCAAGAACUUAAGGACUUUUACAACCACAUAGGCAAGAAUUGGUGCCUUAAGAACCUGUGGGGCGGGGGUGGAAGAGUGCAGGCCUAGUGUCUGUGGAUCUAUGGAAUGAACACAUUCCUGAGGCUUGAGAAACUUGGAAGGAGGGGCUUAGGGUUUUUCUUAUUGUUAAGGUUUUGAUUACUGAGCCACUAUCUCCCAGAUGACCUCCCCAGGACUCUGAGUGUUCCUGGUAGGAAAUCAACAACUCUUUUAAGAUUUCUCAGCUGCCUCCUCCACGCACAUAUGGCAGGGGUGUUGCCUAAAAGAGGAUGCUGUUCUUAUUCUGGUAGUGGAUCGCUUUAGCACAUGGACUGCACGUACACAUUAGUAACCUGCAAAUGCACACCAAGAGCAAGGCCUUCCAGUUUAGUUAUUUUUCUUUUCAUCCUGAGUCAGGAUGGAUUUUUCCUGACUUUGCAGCUGAAUCUGAGGAAGGAGUGGUUUGUCUAAGGAGAGGUGGGGGAGAGGAGGUGGGAAACAGGGCUCACCCACCCUUAACAGCUUGGACAAUAGUCCGUCUCUUAGCCCUUAGACAAUGCAUCCCUAUGUCUGUUCCUCUACCCCUCUACUUACUCAGUUUGAAGAAUUCCUGGUGAAGUUCUGGGGCUCUCACAGUCCUCUUUUGAACACUAAAUCCCCCACUCUUCUGCAAGCUGUGUGUAAGUUGCUUAACUUUGAUAAGUCUCCGUGUCCGUAUAGGUGGAUGGGGAUAAAAAUGCCUACCUCCCAGGUUGUUGUGGGAAUUAUAAGCACAGAUUAUAUUAAAGUGCCUGGCACAAGUAGGUGCUCAAUAAAAAUCAGCUAUGAUAAUACUA